CCGCGCGCUCGAGCGCGGAGGAGCCGCCGCCGCCACCGCGGCCAAGCGAGCGCCGUCGGGGCGGGCUGGCCUGAGCUGGGGGGAGCAGGGAGAGUGCGCCCACCGCCUUCCCUUCCCCCCUCGAUGGGAGCGGGGGCGUCCCGGCUCCCGCAGCCGCCAGAGGAGGGAGAGCCGGGGGCCGUCACUUCAGAGUUGGGGCUGAGCAGUCCCUGGGGAGAGCGCGCCAAGACCGCUGCCGCCGCGGGCCGACAGAAGGAGAGUUUUGCUUGGAAGUGGCUUACAGAAACUUGGCACCGAGGUGCAGGGAAGCGAGAGACUCUUUGUGCCUCUAAGGCCGAGUGAGGAAUUUGCAAACACAUGUGGGACAUACAAGCCUUGGAUGCAGAGGUUAAACCCAUCCAUAGUAAUGGCUGCAGCCUUGCCCAGGACCCUGGGGGAGUUGCAGCUGUAUAGAAUAUUACAAAAAGCCAAUCUACUUUCUUAUUUUGAUGCCUUUAUCCAACAAGGUGGUGAUGAUGUCCAGCAACUCUGUGAAGCUGGAGAAGAGGAAUUUUUGGAAAUCAUGGCACUCGUGGGCAUGGCUAGCAAGCCCCUGCAUGUUAGAAGGCUACAAAAGGCUUUGAGAGACUGGGUUACAAACCCUGGCCUUUUCAAUCAGCCGCUGACUUCCCUUCCUGUCAGUAGCAUACCCAUCUAUAAAUUACCAGAGGGAUCACCAACAUGGCUGGGAAUAUCCUGCAGUAGUUAUGAAAGGAAUAGUAAUGCCCGGGAACCUCAUUUAAAAAUCCCCAAAUGUGCUGCCACCACCUGUGUGCAGAGCUUGGGACAGGGGAAGUCAGAUGUGCUGGGGAGCUUGGCGCUGCCGAGCGUUGGGGAGUCCAGACUCUGGCAAGGCCCCCAUGCCACUGAGAGCGAGCACAGCCUCUCCCCUGCAGACCUGGGCUCCCCAGCCUCCCCAAAGGAAAGCAGCGAGGCGCUGGAUGCUGCCGCUGCGCUCUCUGUGGCUGAGUGUGUGGAACGAAUGGCCCCCACACUCCCCAAAAGUGACUUGAACGAAGUGAAAGAGCUGCUAAAAACCAACAAGAAGUUGGCCAAAAUGAUUGGUCACAUCUUUGAGAUGAGUGAUGAUGAUCCACACAAAGAAGAGGAAAUUCGGAAAUACAGUGCAAUAUAUGGCAGAUUUGACUCAAAGAGAAAGGAUGGGAAACAUCUCACGCUUCAUGAGCUCACUGUUAAUGAAGCAGCUGCUCAACUCUGUGUGAAGGACAAUGCUCUGCUGACAAGAAGAGAUGAACUUUUUGCUCUGGCUAGGCAAAUUUCUCGAGAAGUCACCUAUAAAUAUACUUAUAGAACCACCAAGUCAAAGUGUGGAGAAAGAGAUGAAUUAUCCCCAAAGAGAAUUAAAGUGGAGGAUGGGUUUCCAGAUUUCCAGGACUCUGUGCAAACGCUCUUCCAGCAGGCUAGAGCUAAGAGUGAAGAACUCGCAGCUCUUACUUCACAGCAGCCUGAAAAGGUGAUGGCAAAGCAGAUGGAGUUCCUCUGCACCCAAGCUGGCUAUGAGAGACUGCAGCAUGCUGAGAGAAGACUGUCUGCAGGACUUUAUAGGCAGAGCUCAGAAGAGCACAGUCCUAAUGGCUUGACUUCCGAUAACUCAGAUGGACAAGGAGAAAGACCUUUGAAUCUCCGAAUGCCUAAUUUACAGAACAGACAACCCCAUCAUUUUGUGGUAGAUGGGGAGCUGAGCAGACUUUACUCCAGUGAGACAAAGUCCCGCUCAUCAGAGAGCCUUGGGAUUCUAAAAGACUACCCUCACUCAGCUUUUACCUUAGAAAAGAAAGUCAUCAAAACAGAGCCUGAAGAUUCAAGAUAGCUGUGAUUCUCUCACUGUUCUCUGGAAAUGGCAUCAGAUUUAAGGAUAAUACUCCAUCAUAGAAAUAAGCCUUAAUAACCAGUGUUGCCUCAUUCAGCUCAAACAGAUUUCAUAGCCAAAGCAUAAGGACUGAUGUAGUAGUCUGUGGAAACCAGGAAGAUAAAACAACAGCCACAAAAGAAAAUCGAGAGUGUGGCAAUCUGUAACAGAAAUAUUGAUCUGUUCACAUUCCUGUGUAAAUCAUUUAUGUGAAAGGCUUACAAAUUAAUAUUGUAAGCAUUCAUUAUUUAAGAAUGUACAAUGUAUUUGUGUAAUUUAUAGAAGUAAAAUCUAGAUGUUGAGACCUGUUUGAUCCAAUAGACAUGGAUACAGUUUAUUUUACUUGAAAUUUUGUCUACUUUGUGUAUUUAGCAUAAAUAUUAUACGUCAGAGUUUAGAAUCUUUGCAACUAUGAAAAAAGAAAGCUUAAGUGAUGUAGUUAUUGGCAAGGUUGCAAUGACUAUGGAAAAAUGGAAAGCAAAUACUCAAUUUAAACCAAGGAAAAUAUUGUGGAUUUAAUAUUUGAUAAAACUGAUUUUUGUUUAACAGGAAAUGUGUAGCAUUUAUUCGUAUAAUAUCUGGUUAUUAGUGCACAUUUACACAAUUUAUAAAUACUGGAGGAAAGUUAAAAAGAUGAGCAAUAGAGUAGAAAAUUUAACUGGUUGAUACAGAUUAUAUUAAUAGCUACUUAAAAUGGUAUCAAAGAUAGGAAGCUAUUGCUUGGACAGACAGCUUGAAACAAGUGGACCAAUGUGUAAGAGCCUUGACUUAGAUAUCGAUAUGUCAGAAUGUGUUUGAUAGAUUAAGACAUGGUAAAUUAACCUUACAUGUGAUAAAGAUGGUGCCUGUUAACUAAGGCUGUAAUAGAUUAAGUACCAUUUUAUAUCCAGAAAUUCUUCCCUGUAUACAGGAGUCAGAGAGACUAGAUGCUUUCAGUAGGGAAUGUCUUCCCACCCAGCCACCACAAAUGUGGGCAAUCACUGCAUCCACAUUUGCAAGCAUAUUUCUAUGGAAUUUUAGUUGACACCUAUAUUGAUCAUUUACUUUACAAUUUCAUUUUUGUACACCUUUCAGAUUUGUGAAUGUAGUUUUUUGUUAAAAUUCAUCUUGACAGUAUGUUUUUAAUUCCCCCUAUUUAAUUAAUGGACUGUGUGCAUAUAUGUGUGUGGGGGUGUGCUUAAAUGUUACCGAUACACUUGUGUAAUUCCAAGAAUUUCACACUGGACUCCACGGUGGUAAAAAAAAAAACAAAACCAAAUACAUCUGCCAAUAUACAUUUUUUUCUGUUGGUUUAAGAGAAGAUGUUUGACAGCUUUACUACGUCCUACAGAUUCGUCUAAACCCAGACAUUAACAAGCAGAGUGUAUUGACAUGGAGUAUGUGUUUUUUGUUUUCAGUUCAACUCUAGAUCAUAACUGUGUAAAAAAUAUUAAGUCAUAAUCUGUUAUACUAAAAUUUGUCAGCCAAAUGUUAGAUGAAAUGUCUGCACCAUAGUAUCAGAUCACUGUCACAUAUAUAAUUGCUUUUUCAUGUUGGUUUGUAGAAGAGCUUUAUAGUAGAAACACCAGUAAACAACUUUUAUACUAUUAAAAGGCUUUUUUCCCUUCCUAAAUGUUUUAAUUGUAACAUAGUGUUUUGCUCACUGAAGAAGCUUCUUAUGGACCUUGCAACUUUGUUGCUAGUUUGAGGUUGAUUAUCGUGGUUGUAUUGUUCACUGUGUGUAGAAAUAGUAUGAGUACAAUUGAAAUAGACUGUUCGGUUUUUAAUAUUAGCCAUAGCACUGGUUAGUAUCUCAGUAGUUUCAUGAAACGUUUCCUGUAUUCUGAUCUAUUUUGAGAAAUUUCGUGGUUUUUUUUUUUUUAAAUUGUGUCUUACAGUUCAAGUUUAUAGACUUUAAUAAUCGACAAUUUUUAACGACGUAGUAAUCUUCCAGCUAAUAUUUAUCCAUCUUUCAUGGACCCACAAAUUAUAUCCUUUAAUCCAUAAAUAAGUUUCCUUAAGUAUCUUAUCAUACUGUUCCAGUCUUUCAAGCUUAGUGAUAAGGGGGAAACACAAGAAAAACUUCAGUAGAAUACAGUUUUUAUUUUGUAAACACUAAUGUAUUAAACUUGCUAUGCUUAAAGCAAAUAAUAUAUAUUUUUAUUUGAAUUGUAUAUAUGAAUCGAAUGUUAUAACUAGUUGAUUUUUUUCAUUUUGUUAGAGGUAUUUUCACUGAACAAGGUCAAUUGGUUACCUCAGUAUUACAGCCAAUCUAGUCCAAGGGACCAUUUCUGCCCAAGUCUGUGUUACACUUUAUUGUGCGAAGUCUGCGUUUUUGUGACUCUUGAAGCUGUUGGUGAGGUGGGACGAGUGCACUUGCUUCCUGUGGCAAUAAAGAUUUUCUGUGCCUCACA